AUGCCUCACCUGCGCAGGCAGCAUCCGCGCGACCUAAUACCAAAUCAAGACCCCAAUGCUCCAGGCGAUCUGCGCACACAAUUCCAAACCCCGCCAACGCGUCACACACCCACGAACCCAACCCGACACCAACCAUCCACCGGUCCUAAUGCUUUCACGCCCGAAACCGCCCAAGCGGCACACCAAGCGGCGCCGAUAAAUCCAUUCGACAUAUUUGGCAGGCCGAGAGAGCAACGGCAGCAAGUUAUGGACGACGAUUUCCACGACGAUUUCGGACCCCGCGCAAGCAUGGGUGAGCUAGACGACGACGAGCCACUUGACCCCGACGAUUCUUUUGAUGUUGAACCAACCAUCGAAGGACAGUUCGACGACUCCGAUCUCGAUGGCGAGGACUUAGAGGAGGAAGAGGAGGAGCCAGAGGAGCAAUUCGAAGAGGACGCCGACGAAGAAAUGCACGACCGCGAAAAAUCACCUUCACCCCUCCCGCCCAACCUCCGCGAGAUCUCUUCCCUCGCAUCCUGGACCGUCUCCACCUCCAAGCCGGGCUGCGGCGUCACCGCCCUCCGCAACCCCUCCCCAUCCCAAUACUGGCAAUCCGACGGCCCGCAACCGCACACGCUGACCCUGCACUUCUUCAAGCUUGUUGCUGUCGUGCGCGUGCGCGUGUACCUCGACUUUGACCUGGACGAGAGCUACACGCCGACGAAAAUGAUCUUUGCCGCGGGCAUGGGCGGCAACGACCUCGUUGAGUUCGCGACGUGGGAAGGCGAGGCGCCGUGCGGGUGGGUCGAUGUCCCGCUGGAAGGCGUGGGCGGCCGUAACGGCGGCUGGGUGGCAGACGCGAAGACGAAUCGGCGGUUGAGUGGGCGGCGUAGGACUGUCUACCGGAACUGUGACGACGCCGAACAUGAGCAUGAUGAGGAGUGCGAGCCGGUUUCUGGGGAUGACGAGGCUGAUGAGGAGAAUGGGGAUGAUCCUUACGCGGGGAAUGUGCUCAAGGCUAUGGUCAUUCAGAUGCGGAUUAUGGAGAAUCAUCAGAAUGGAAAGGAUACGCAUGUUCGUGGGUUCCAGGUGUUUGCUUGCGAUGAUACUCGCCGCAAGAUGGCGGCUGCGCCGUCUGCUUCGGCUGAUGCUCGCCAGCGGCGUUCUUCGCUAAGGGGACACCAUGAUCUUCGGGGGCGGACGGCGAGUGAAGAUGCUGAUGCUGGUUUUGCUACUGGUUUGGACGAGCCGGAUUGGAUGGGCGAGCCUGUUAUUCGAUGA